UCCAUACAUAAUAAACACAUUCCCAGUUCUCACAAAAAUGAAAGCAAUCAACACAACUCACAUUCUCCUCCUCACACUCCUCUUAAUCAACAUCCCUCCCCUCCCAUCCCUCCCCGGCACGUGCCGCGACACGUGCGGCCCGAUCCCCAUCAAAUACCCGUUCGGGUCAGGCAGCGGGUGCGGGCACCCCGCCUUCUCCCGCUACGUGAAAUGCAGCCCCGGUGGGGCCCUCCGCCUGUCCACCGCCGGGGACGCCUACUUGGACGUCUCGUCCAUCGACUACGCCUCCGGGUCCCUCGCCGCGGCGGACCCGCUCAUGUCCACGUGCGCGUCCAUGCAGAACUCGGGCAGCUUCUCGCUCGACCCGGGCAGCCCGUUCUCCCUCUCCCCGGACAACAUAUUCGCCCUAGUAGGCUGCUCCACCACCUCGCCCGUGUUCGACCCGGACGCCGACUUCUGCGACACGGGUUCGGGCCAGACCGUGUGCCGCGGGCUCUACUCGUGUAGAGGGGUGGAGGGGAUCGGGUUGGAGCCCCACGACCCGAUAUCCACGUGCUGUGUGUACGAGCCGAUGCAGGUUUUUGCAGGUUCGGUUUUGGAUCUGCCGAAGCUGCAGUGCUCGUCGUACUCGGCGGUUUACGGGUUCGGGGGCAGCGAGGGCGACCCGAUGAGGUGGCAGUAUGGGAUAUUGCUGAGGUUUAAUGAUUCCUAUGAGAGUAGUGAUUGUAGGAAUUGUGAGGAUAGUGGUGGGUUUUGUGGGUUUGAGGGUGUGGAGGAGUCGUUUGUUUGUAGGUGUCGUAACGGCGUCAAUUCCACCGUUAACUGCUAUGGGAGAGGCAAUGGCUGGAGCCGAGCGGGGACACCCGGAAUUCAAACGGCAUUGACUAUUGGAGGGUUCUUGCUUAUGUGGAUGAUUGCUUUCCUCUAAUAUAAAUCCAGAUUUUGUAAUUCCUCAAUGUCGACCAGGAGAUAAAACUUGAGAGGAAAAUCAUCUUAUCAUUUCGCACAAUUUGAUUCUUGAGAUGCUGUGGAAAUCAAUUUGCUGUGUUCUAAUUUUAGUUAAUAGUAUAACGGUGUUCGUAUGUUAAAACAUGUCUUAUAAAUUGGUGAGUUAAUAUGUAUGUGCACCAUCCUGCAACAUGCAAGAUGCAUAAAUUAUUAUUAGUAUAAGCUAAGUAAUACAUUUACUCGUGCGUCAAUUCUUUGAAGAAAUUAGUGUA